CCGACCUUCUGAUCGCAGCAGAAAACAAGACCACGCUCUGCAUGCCCGUCAUCCAUCAUCAGGGACUCCGCGAAAGACGGGCGCAAGUGAAAUUCGAAGCCUCAGAUUCGUGCAGGGAGCGAGUCUGCCGGAAAGAGCGAACAAACAGGCCGAUCCUUCCAGCGGCCCGCCUGUCGGCGCAGAGCCGUUAAUUGGACGAAUUGCACUCCUUCCCUUCCCUCUUUUCCAGCCUCGAGGCGUGUCGCCUGCGACUCGAUCGGCCAGUCAGAUCGCCAAUCGCGGCCCUCGUCGUUCCUUGUGCAGGCUGCCUAUCCAGCUAACGGUUUAGCGCCGCCACACGAACGACACCCCGCCGGCCGUCCUCGAGAGCGUCAGGCUGCUUGCUCUGAAACGGCGAUACUCGGCCGGCCGUCAGUCAGAGACGCAUCAAUCACGAGGCUGGCAUCGCGCAAGCCCUUUCGAUGCCGCCGUCGCCCGUCCUGACCAGAGCCUCAACAUGCUAGUGACGCGGACGCCUGUGUCGGCACUUCAGGGUCAGAGUUCUUCCACAGCGUCCGCGUACUCGGCACCCCACCAUCACCACCGCAGCGAUUCGACCGGCUCGGCGUCGUUGGACGCGUCAAGCGCCGGCCGCGACGGUUCCGCCUACACUUCAUACCUCACGGCGGACACGAACUUCAUCAUGAACGGGAUUGUCGGCUCGGCACCGCCCGGUGCCAUGUACGUGCGUGCGCUCUACGACUACGAGGCGGACGACAGGACCAGUCUGAGCUUCCACGAGGGAGACAUUAUCCAGGUCAUCACGCGGUUGGAGAGCGGAUGGUGGGAUGGCGUCAUCAACGGCGUCAGAGGCUGGUUCCCAAGCAACUACUGCCAGAUCAUUCAGAGCCCCGACGAGCUGCCGGAGCUAGAAGAGGGCGCCGACACAGAGCGGAUGGAUGACGAGAACGACGAGCAAGAGGGCUACGAAGAAGGGGUUGACGAGGACGACUUAUCCGACCACGAGGAAGGCCUUCCGCUCGAGGGAAAUGACGCGGACCGGUCGAGAGCUGAUUUCUGGAUUCCGCAAGCCACCCCAGAUGGGAGGCUUUUUUACUACAACACCAUGACUGGCGAAAGCAGCAUGGAGUUGCCGCUCGAGUCGCCAUCUUCGCUACACGAGACUGGUCCACGAGACCGUAUGAACGUCAGCGUGCCGGACAGGACGAGGCCGCCCCCAGAGAUGAUUGCGAGGGGAUUGACUCGGGACGAGGAAGAUGAGUCCGACGUGAACUCCGCAUCCGAACUUGAGGGAGAGGCCCUGAUGAACGCAUCGCGCGCCUCGAUGGCUGCCAAACGCCGACCAGGUGCCAAGGAUGGCGUGUCGCCUGCCACGUCAAUGGAUUCGAUGAAUGGCCAAUCCCUCAGCACAAGAGGGCGGAGCGAAACGUUUACAAACGGCAACCUCCACCACGCCCCCAUGUUUGGGUCAGCAACCUCCUUCACCAGCUCUGCGUUCAAUCUACCGGCUGCCGCAACCAUGCCGCGCUCCUUUUUCGACGACGGCACUACGCCAUCGCUGACCUGGACCCGACUGGUUUCCAAUAUGAAGAAGUCGGUCGACCGCUACCGCCUCGCCAUCGAGAGCGGAAACCGCUCCGAGUACGUGGCACGGGCAGAGGAUAUCUCGGACCAUCUGCGCCUGCUCCUGGCUGCUGGUUCGGGAACGACCGACAACCAUUCCGGACAGCCAUCCAUCAUCUCCUCGAACAAGGCGCUCUACCCUCACUUCCGGGACAUGAUGUCCAAGUUUUCCAAGCUGGUCAUCUCUUCACAUAUCGCAGCUGCCGAUUGGCCGAAUGCCGAAUCCGUGCAGAAGUGCCUGCAGGAAGCCGAUGGCGUCAUGUUGGGCGUGUUCAGCUACGUCGAAGUUGCGAGGCAGCAGCGCGGCGAAGAAAUCCCCCGGCUAUUCCCCGGGUUCGUCAUCGGGUCGAACGCCGGUGGAAGCUGGCAAAACAACGGUCUAGCACCGCGCGACCCUUUAACGUCCAACUUCCUCGAAGACGAAGAAGGCCCCGCCGAGCCCACGGCCAUCCUUGAUGGAAAGCUUUUGGAAAGGCUGGACGAGCUGAAACGGAUGCUCGUGUCUAGCAUUCGCGAGCUGGAGAAGAACCUCGUGGUGACUGACAAGGUGGUCACGCCGUACAGGCACGAAGUCAUCGGCAACAAUAUCUGCACCGCCGGGGGCAAGGUUCUCGACACGUUCAAGCCCUGGAUCGCCAUGAUCGAGUCGAUCGAUCUCUCACUGCUCGGCAACAGCUUCCAGACCCCGCAGCUCUCCGACUUCAGCACGAACAAGCAAAGCCUCUACGACAACAUUUCCGACCUCCUCCUUGGGUGCCAAGCCGUCGCCGGGCCGCUGGCCGAUGAGUGGUCCGAGGUGAGAGGCCAGGCCCUGGAAGAGAGAUUGGAGUACGUCCGGCAGUGUGCGCGGGCGCUCGAGACCAAUUCGUCCCACAUCGGAUUCUCUCUUCAGCUCCUCUCCGAGCAAGUCUCGAUGGUUCUCCAGCAGCAGCAAGAAUUGCAUGUGCGCGAAGAAGUCGUCCAGCGGGAACAGCUCAGGAGGACAGAGACGAUGCCCUAUGAGCGGCCGCAUCAGCGGACCGAAUCACGCGGGUUGGUAAGACCAGGGUUGCCGAUCGGCUCUCAAUCCUUCUCAGAAGGCGAUACUCUGCCACCCAAUUACCGGAAGGGAGAUCCUUCCAAGAUGAAGCGCUUCUUUGGAGAGGAUCCCGCGCCAGUGCAACCCCAGCAGAGCCCAGAAGAGGUGCCGCCCUUCUUAAGAUUAGACCACGAGAGCGAUUUGUCGUGGGAUUACAAAGUCGUCCCUCCGGCCGUCAAGGGAGGUUCCUUGCUUGCCCUAACCGAGCAGCUGACAAGGCACGACAAGUUGGACCCGAGCUUUAACAACACGUUCCUCCUCACGUACCGCUCCUUUACGACGGCCCGGGAGCUGUUCGAGUUGCUGGUCAAGAGGUUCACCAUCCAGCCGCCCGAAGGGCUGACCCAGGAGGAGUACGAGCUAUGGAAAGAUAGGAAGCUGAAGCCGGUCCGGUUCCGCGUCGUCAACAUCAUCAAGAGCUGGUUCGACACUUUCUGGAUGGAGGAACCAACCGAAGAAAACAAACAACUCAUCCGCGACGUGCUCACCUUCGCCAGAGAGACCAUCAAGUCGUCGGACACGCCCGGCUCGGGCCCUUUGACUGCGAUUAUCGAGCAGCGGCUGAAUGGCAAGGGCGACGGGGGCCGGCGCAUGAUCCAGACCGUCAAUCACAACGCACCGCCGCCCAUCAUGCCCAAGAACAUGAAGAAGCUCAAGUUCCUCGACAUCGACGUGACCGAGUUUGCACGGCAGCUCACCAUCAUCGAGUCGCGGCUGUACAGCAAGAUCAAGGCGACAGAAUGCCUCAACAAGACGUGGCAGAAGAAGGUCGCGGAAGGAGAACCGGAGCCGGCACCCAAUGUCAAGGCGCUCAUUCUUCACUCCAACCAGAUGACCAACUGGGUGGCCGAGAUGAUCCUGUCACAGACCGACGUCCGGAAGCGUGUCGUCGUCAUCAAGCACUUUGUGGCAGUGGCUGAUAAAUGCCGGAUGCUCAACAACUUCUCCACGCUGACCUCGAUCAUCUCGGCGUUGGGCACCGCCCCCAUCGCCCGCCUCAAGCGGACGUGGGAUCAGGUCCCGCAGCGCAUCCAGGCCACGCUGGAAACCAUGCGCAAGCUUAUGGCGAGCACCAAGAACUUUGGCGAGUACAGGGAGACCCUGCACGCCGCGAACCCGCCGUGCAUUCCUUUCUUCGGCGUGUACCUGACAGACCUCACCUUCAUCGAGGACGGCAUUCCGUCCGUCAUCAAGAAGACCAACCUCAUCAACUUUGCCAAGCGGGCCAAGACGGCGGAGGUGAUCCGCGACAUCCAGCAGUACCAGAACGUGGUCUACUCGCUGCAGCCCGUGCCGGAGCUGCAGGAUUACAUCCUCAGCAACAUGCAAGCCGCGGGCGACGUGCACGAGAUGUACGACAAGAGCUUGCAGAUCGAGCCGCGGGAGCGGGAAGACGAGAAGAUCGUGAGAGUCCUGGCCGAGUCUGGAUUCCUGUGA